AUGGCCGGUCCCUACCCCGAGUGUGCGCCGGCCGCCCUCGGCGAAAAGAGGCAGCAGUUUGGGAGCCGGUUCCUGAGCGAUCCGGCGUGCGUCUUCCGCCAUAAUGCCUGGGACAAUGUUGAGUGGUCGGAGGAGCAGGCCGCGGCGGCGGAGAGGAAAGUCCGGGAGAACAGUACCCAGCGAGUGUGCCAGGAGAAGCAAGUUGAUUAUGAAACCAAUGCCCACAAAUACUGGAAUGACUUCUAUAAAAUCCAUGAAAAUGGGUUUUUCAAGGAUAGACACUGGCUUUUUACCGAAUUCCCAGAGCUGGCACCUGGCCAAAACCAAAAUCACUUGGAGGAUUUGCUCUCUGAGAACAAGAGGAGAGAAGUGCCUGAACGUAGGAGCAGUGAGGAUGGACCUGGUUUAAAAACAGAACAGCACAAGUAUUCUUCAAAUAGCCUUGGACAUGAAACACAGACGGCUCCUGUGGAAGAAAAUGUAACUCAGAGACUCAGUCACCUGGAAAUCUGUGCUGAUGGGUUCCCUGGAUCCUCAGCCACCUACCGAAUUCUCGAGGUUGGUUGUGGUGUGGGAAACACAGUCUUUCCGAUUUUACAGACUAACAAUGAUCCAGGACUCUUUGUUUACUGUUGUGAUUUUUCUUCCACGGCUAUAGAGCUGGUCCAGACAAAUUCAGCGUAUGAUCCUUGCCGGUGUUUUGCCUUUGUUCACGAUCUGUGUGAUGAAGAUCAGAGUUACCCAGUGCCCACGGAUAGCCUUGAUAUCAUCAUUCUCAUAUUUGUUCUUUCCGCAGUUGUGCCAGACAAGAUGCAGAAGGCUAUCAACAGGCUAAGUAGGCUUCUGAAGCCUGGAGGGCUGAUGCUUCUGCGAGAUUACGGCCGCCACGACAUGGCUCAGCUUCGGUUUAAAAAAGGUCAGUGUCUGUCUGAAAAUUUCUAUGUGAGAGGCGAUGGUACUAGAGUUUACUUCUUCACACAAGGUAUGAAAACAGUCAUCUUUGUUUAUGCUAACCGUCCCCAAAACACCAGAUCAGAUGCGGCCUGGUGUACUCUGGGAAGUAAGACUUCGUGCCCCUCCUCCCUUUUGAAGACUUUUCCUGCCUUUCCUUCCCACCGGGCCGGUUCACUGUUCUCCACACAGGCUCCACGUAGAGGAGCCUUCAGUCUUCCUGUCCUCUGCUGCCUGCGCUUCCUCCCUGUCACUUUGUCCCACAGGGGACACCUGCCCAUGUGGCAAGACCCCAGCGUGGCUGCUUUGGCCCUGUAAACCGGGUUAUCCGUACAUGCACCGGACUGAGGCUGCGCUCCCCGCAUCCUGACUGCCAGGUGUCGCCAGAAUCACCCUCCUGCGGCUUGUCCUGCCUCAGGGUUCCUCCUCCGCCAGUGUCACCCUGCGCCCUUUAUUGUGCCACAUACUUUGCGCCAUUGGUUAAGAUAUAGUGGAAACUCUCUGCUAAAAAAGUGGUUUUGACAUUACAUCUAUAGAGAUUUUGCAUAUAACCGUAAGGUGUCCAUAAAGCCCUUAAAGUCUUUCCUGUCCACUCUUAGGCCCUCUCUCAGGAUUCCAAGGGGCCCUUCCCAGAAGGUUUGGCUUCCCCCAUUUAAACAUGAACUUAAUAUUCCCAAGCUGCUCCUACACUUCUAAAUAAACAGCCCUGCUAAAGCCAUUUAAAACACAUAAAUAAAAACAGUCUCACGGAGCCCCGUUUAACAUAGGAAGUGGUGGACAAUGUUUUUUCUUUAGCAGAAAAUAUGUAAACAUCUCUUUUCCAAACCAGAUGAGCUGGAUACACUUUUCACUACGGCUGGACUGGAAAAGGUUCAGAACCUGGUGGAUCGCCGAUUGCAAGUAAACCGAGGCAAACAGCUGAC